CAAAACAAGACAUCUGUCUAUUCUGUCAGUCUGUCUAAUAUGAUUUAAUGUUUACUGCAAUUAAAAAUUUGUUAUUUUGCGUAUGUGAUUUCUUGUAUUGUUUUUAUUCUAUUGAUUUGGAGGGAUAUUUCCUUUUUUUCCAGAAAGACUAGAAAAUGCGACUCACAAAUAUUUUAUAUCAAGUAAAUUAUCAUAGACAUUUUCAAAGAAUAUGGAAAAGGCAAGGGAAAUUGCAAGUUCUGGAUGUGGUUAUUCCCCCUGAACUUGAAAAAAUGGGAGUGGAAAUAAAGGAUGCCAAGGAUUUCUUCUUGGAAACACAAAGGUAUAUAGCUCCAAAAGAAAAGAAACUGGGGCCUAAAUUUACACCACCAAGUGUUCUAUCUCAAAAUAAAUAUUUGUACUUAAUGCAUGAAAAAACAAAAGUGUCAGAAAAUGAAAAUCAAACUUUAGCACUUACAAAAACUGUACCAUAUCAAGGUUUGCCAAAAGAACUUACUUCUUUGAUUGGAAUUGAUGUUUUACCUAAUCAAGAUGAAUUAGUAAAAACUAGUUUGCUACAGGCUCAAGUGUGGGAUGCCAUACAACACAAAUUACCUAAAAAGCUUGACAUUUCAAGACCACAGUUCAUAUUUAGAAGAGAAUUUGGAAUUCGUUAUAAAAGGAAAGUUCUUCAUACAAAGGUGUCACCUGGCAAAAUUUCACCAAUUGUUGAUCCUAAACAACCACUUGUAAUAAAAGCUACAUCAUCUGCAAAAGCUACAAUUUUUGAGUUGAUCUGGCCAUGGAUAGGCAAUGAUGUUGUUGAAGCUGAUAUUCCAGAGAUCUGCACUCAUGCAAGACCCCUGAGGACAUCCUCGGACUUGAUUACACACAAUUUCAGUGUUGUUGUAAAGAAUCAUACUUUUUCUGUUUCUGAACUUUUUUCCUUAGGAGGAGAUGAAAUAAUAUACCGGAUGCCCUGUGAUAUUUUACUAACUUCUGAAGAACCUCUGAAACCAUUUGCAUCUGCUGAACAAGUAGCUGCAACAGAAAAGGAAGUAGUUCCAAAUAUCUAUCCUAUCAAACCUACUUUAGAUCUUGACAAAUAUACAGAAAGUCCAUUCACACUGCAACCUACUGUUAGUUUGGGAAAUGAAAAUGUCCAUACACUGUUCAUUGCUCAAAAGUCAAUUGGAUUUUGGUUUCCAAAGCAGUUGUUGGCCAGAGCUAUAGCAACAUGCUUUGCAUUUACUGCCUCAGAAGCACAAAGAAAAUAUGGUGCUCUUAAAGCUGACCCUCCUCUGGUUGACUUUGACCAGCAAGAAAGAAAUUUUGAAAGUCUGUGCGAGCUUUCUGUGGACUUGUUUAAUGGGGUUACUCUGUGGAUAAUACCCAGAGCUUCUUACAUAUUUAAUGCUGAAUUGCUCCAAAAAUUCCACUGUCAAAGUGCUGACAAAAGAGGUCCUCUUAUCUGUUUGGAUGACUUUUAUAAAACCCAUGUGAGUGAAGAUCUGCUUAAGUUACACACAGACAUUACAUUUAACUUUAAGAAAAUUAAAGAGCUAGAGUCUGAUACAAUCUAUCAGGUUCAUCACUUGGCUUUUACAGAGCUAGAGUCUGAUACAACGUAUCAGGUUCAUCACUUGGCUUUUACAGAGCUAGAGUCUGAUACAACCUAUCAGGUUCAUCACUUGGCUUUUACAGAGCUAGAGUCUGAUAUAACCUAUCAGGUUCAUCACUUGGCUUUUACUAAA